GCUCGACUGUGCUACACUGAACACGACACAGAAACUCUCGGACUAUGAAACUACUAGUGUUGACGGCGAUUGUCGCCGUCGUCGCUUCAAAUCCCAUAGGAAAUGAAAAAUGGCCCUGGCAAGUAGGAAAAGAAUACGUCUAUGAUGUUAACACUUACACCUGGACCAAGUUCGAGAAUAGCAACAGCAAUGGCAACGCUUUCAAGUCUCAAUUAGUGAUCCGCGUCCAGGCUCCUGGACAUCUUCUGGCCAAAUUACUAAACCCAUCAUAUGCACAGAUUCAAGGAGUGCUGGAUAUCAACGAUGUUCCUUCUGACUUGAAAUACGAAACUGUUCCGAAACUCGAAGAAGUUUUCGAAAUUUUCGUUGAUGGAGGUCGUGUACUAUCUCUGAAAGUAUCUUCCUCCCUCUCAUCAGCCGAUAAGAACAUACUCAAAGCUUUGAUCAGCGCCCUCCAAGUCGAUUUAUCUACAUUUGGACAUGUGGACAAUUUCCCCAACAGCUUCGACCAAAAUACCUUCCAAGGCCUAUUCAAAAAAUCGGAAGCUGAUGUCACAGGCGAAUGUGAAACUUUAUACGCCAUUUCUCCAGUUUCUGUGGAAGUACGUCGUAACUUGCAAUCGUUUGCUGAAGACCCCAUCGAAAUCACUAAGAGCAAGAACUACGACUCUUGCAAAGUACGUGUCGGUUUGGGCUUUGGUGUCCCAGAGGGAUCUGUUUGGAAUGGACUUGCUUAUGAAAACGAUGAAAGACAGCUGAUCAAGCACACUUCUGAAUCACGUAUUCAUGCUGGUAAACAGGGAACAAUCUACAAAUCGGAGACAUUGGACACUGUAUUUGUAAAUCCUCUUUUGUUCGGAAAACAAAAAGCUGAGGUCUACAGUUACGUAAAUCUUGUUUUGUCUUCUGUAGAGGCAGUAGGCAACACUGAAUGGGUGAAACCGGAGGAGGUUCGUGCAGUUAACUCGCUUUUGUCCUCUGAUGGUGCUGAGUUAUUCUUUAAAGUUAGCCCCGAAAACGUUGUCAAUGCCCAAAAAGUUCUCCAGGAAAUCACUCCACUACUUGAAAACCCUAGCAAUCUGCCCAAAACUGAAUUUUUGUCAAAGUUCAAUGUUCUGGUUCGUUUUAUCAUGUUUAUGGACUCCGAACAAUUAACUCAAAUGACUGACAGCGUUGAAGUCGCAAGGACUUCGGAUAAUGCAGCAAAGAAAAAAAUGUGGGCAAUCUAUCGUGAUGCAGUUGCCCAGGCGGGAACUGUAGCUGCCUUCAAAGAAAUCAAAUCGUGGAUUCUGGCCAAAAAAAUUCAAGGCGAAGAAGCUGCUGAAGUUAUUGCAUCUGUUCCUAGCAGUCUUGAUUUCUCUGACAAACAAAUCGCAAAUGAAUUUUUCGAAUUAGCUUUUAACCCUGAAGUUGUAGAACAAAAGUUCUUAAACACUUCAGCUUUAUUGGCCGCUACUAAAUUCCUUCGCUUUGGAAAUGAGAACCAGUUUGUAGUUGAAAAAGUUAUUCCUCGUCUUGCUGCAGAACUAAAGAAAGCUAUCGAAAACGAUGAAAGUGGCAAAGCUCAGGUUUACAUUAGAAGUCUAGGCAACUUAGCUUACCCUGAUAUCUUAAAGGUAUUUGCCCCCUACUUUGAAGGUCAAGUCACUGUUACCAAGUACCUGCGUACACAAAUGGUAAUCAGCCUUAAAACUUUGGCUAACAAAAAGAAUGAACAAGUUCGCGCUGUACUCUUCAGUAUCUUGAGAAACACUGCUGAACCAUACGAAGUCAGGGUUGCUGCCGCUCUGAACAUCUUUUUAGCUUUCCCCACUGCAGAGAUGAUGCAAAUUAUGGCACAUAUGACUAACGAUGACCCGAGUCUCCAAGUUCGUGGUGUAAUAGCAACCAGCAUUUCUUUUGCGGCUAAUUUGAAGGACCCACGUUUCGCACAACUGGCCAAGACCGCUCAAGCUGUUUCAAAUAUCGUAUCUAAGGAGAAAUUUGGAUACCGUGCUUCUGCCGACAGUAUCAUUGAUGACUACACUUCCAAUGAUGACCUAGCUCACUUCAGGGAAUUGUCAUACAUCGGCAGUGGCGACAGUGCCGUACCUAAGUACCACAGGACAGCGCUAAGAUUAAGAGGCAAUGGAUUGACUGAAGAGGACUGGAUGACAUGGUCCGUUUCUGAUGUGCAAAAUCUAAUUUACUCCGUGCUGGAUCUUAUAGUCGCCGAUCAAUAUCAACAGGCAGACUUAAAAUUCUCGCCCGAGAAAGUAGCCAAAGAAUUAAACAUUAAACGUGAACAUGACCCCGUUGAGGGAGCAUUCUUCAUUGACAACUUGAACCAGCAAAGACUUUUCACUUUCGGUCAAAACGACCUCCGCAGUCUUGUCAAGGAAUACUUUGGAACAGUCAAUUCACUAUUCUCUGGAAAUGUGAACCAAUUUACAAAGGUGGUAAUUGCCAAACAAGUUGUGAUCACCUUCCCUCUCGCUGCUGGUUUUCCAUUUGUUUACGUAUACAGUGAACCCACUUUGUUCGACAUUGAGAGUGUAGGCUCAAGAGCCAAUACUGGUCCAUUCAAAUUUGAUGUUAAAUUCACUUACUCAAGAAAUUUGGAUGGCAGUGUAGGUUUCUUAGACAGCUUCAGCGGAGUUUAUGCCAGCAGUGGAGUUAUUAACAAAUUACAAUUCUUUAUUCCCGCAAAACUCAGUGUCACCCCGACGCUUUUCGCAAAUAUUGAUCUUAAAUUUGAUGUUGAACUGCCUGAAAAAGACGCCAGCCUUAUUCACAUGAGUGUAUUUCCUUACACAUCUCUGCAAAAAUUGUAUUCCGCAUUAGCAGUAUCUGAAGAUCCAUCCACGAAAAUCAUUGAGCGUUCUGCUCCAGUUCUGACCACUGACAUAAAUAUUGGGGAAUCUGCUGGUGUCAGCCUUAAUCUGAAGGGUCACUCAUACUCUAACGAUUUCAAGAAAAACAUUUUCGCAUCUGACAUCUUGACAAACGUUCGCAACUUGCUGUACCAGAAUGACAUCGCUUGUACUCACUUUGACUUGAAAUACGUCGCUAAGGACACUAAAAACAAAAAAGUUGCUACCACUAUACUGUUUGAGACAUUAUUCGAACACAAAGGAGAUGAAGAAUUAAAACCCGCUGGCUACCUCACUGAUCUCAUAGGCAACAGUGUAAAUCGUCGCAAAAAGCUGGCUGAUCAAGCUGCGUCGGGAAUCGAAUAUGCUAAAGUUCGCAUUGCUGAUUUCAGUGUUGUGUUUGACGGCUCAGACAAGAAAGAGUUUGUAUUUACUUCAGCCUUAGCUACCAAUCCGUUAGACAACAAAGUCCAAGCUGUUAUAUAUGCAAAUGGUUGCGUGCCAAUUAACGCAGUAAUCACGAUCAUCAAGCCUAAAACUGUUCCAUUAAACUUCGAGAAGGCUCUAAAGAAUGAAAUUAAGGUAGAAUAUGAAAUUGAUUUCAAAUACGGAAGCUCUGAAAACAUCCUUUUCAAAGGUGUUGGUCAACGCAGCAAGGAAUACACUGAAAGAUUAUCCAAUGAUCCUGUAGGAAAGCAAUGCUUGCAAGAGACCAGCAACAAGAACUUCUACCAGAAGGAUUGCUACAAAAUGAUCAUCAAGGCACACGCACCUGAUUACUUUAAGGGUACAGUGACAUAUAAAGAACUUAACCCUGUACUUCUGAACGCGACCUACAAAAUAUACAAUGUUUUCAAACAUUUUACGACUUGGGAAGAGGACGAAGAUCUAUUGAAGGCUACUGAUGAUGGUAAAGUGGAAAUCGAAGCACAAGCGUUCUACUACGACAACUACAUUAACUACAAAUUCAACACCAAAUAUGGAGAGUUUCGCAUGAACAAUGUCCAGGGACGUUCCUACUACCCCUAUGCUAUGGCUAUCUACGAGCCCAUAACCCAUUGGGAGCGUUCUUACAACUGGUUCACAGGCUACCAACAUUUGCCUUUCUGUACUGUGGACGACCACAAGAUCCGGACAUUCAGUGGCCGCAGCUAUGACUACAGGCUGACUGAAUCCUGGCACGUUGCUAUGGUGGACGAAUCAGGAGAGAAUGGCAACAAAAUAGUCAUCCUAGUUAAGAGAUCUGGUGGUAGCGACGAGGUCUACGUAUCUUACACUACUAAAUCGGGCUACUACGUGGAGAUUCAAAUUAAUUCCAAGUCAUACGAAGUUACCAGUAACGCUAAGCAGGUUGCCGAAGAAGCGGUCACCACAUACUUUGACGAAAUAUUCAAGGUUCCACUCGUGGAGUACUACUACGUUAUCGAAGACGACUAUCAAGUGUACAGCUUGAACAAUGGAGCCAUUCGUUUCAUUUACGACGACAACCGCCUUGUCAUCUUCUCUGACGACCACCGCAGCACCACCAGGGGUCUCUGUGGACAGAGCACUUCCCAACCCAGCGACGACUACAUGACUCCUUACGGUCUGGUGGACCUUCCCGAGCACUACGGAGCCUCCUUCUCUUUGGAAGGUGAAGGCAGCGACCCUAAGACUGUAGAGCUGAAGAAGGAAGCUAAGCUGAAGGCGUACCAGCCUGUCACCCAGUACACGAACAUCCUCCGCUCUGAUGAUGCCUGGAGCAAGAUCAAGAACGAAUCCAUUAAAGAAUUGUAAAUUGACCUGCAAUAAUAACGAACCUAAAAGCAUGUCGUACGGACCAU